AUCCAUAUCCAUAAUACAUUCCAUCCACUCUUCACAUCCUUCUAUUUCUUAUCUCGUCUCUCUGGCCGCUCUUCCCACAACUACAAAAACACUCUUAUAGAACUUCCUACAAUAUGGCUUUGAAGCGCAUCAACAAGGAACUUAUCGAUCUUGGACGUGACCCCCCGUCUUCAUGCUCUGCUGGUCCCAUCAACGACAAUCUUUUCCAAUGGCAAGCAACCAUUAUGGGCCCGGCCGAUUCCCCUUAUUCGGGCGGUGUCUUCUUCCUUUCCCUUACUUUCCCCACCGACUAUCCCUUCAAGCCCCCUAAGGUGCAGUUUACGACCAAGAUCUAUCAUCCCAACAUCAAUGCCAAUGGGUCUAUCUGUUUGGACAUCUUGCGAGACCAGUGGAGUCCGGCCUUGACCAUUUCGAAGGUCUUGUUGUCCAUCUGUUCCAUGUUGACGGACCCUAACCCUGACGAUCCUUUGGUGCCCGAGAUUGCAAACACCUACAAAACUGAUAGGGCACGAUAUGAGGCAACAGCAAGGGAAUGGACGAGGAAAUACGCGACGUAGUCAGAAAAUCAUUUGUUUAAUGACCUCACUUAUAUACAUUUCCCUUCCCUGACUGUUAUGCCAUGACUAUCGCCUUCUUCCAUUAUACACACGUUUUUGAACACGUUGGCUCCCGAUGUCGUUAUCGUGCAUCUGUAUGAGACAUCUUGU